AUGUCAAACCAUCUUCGUGUCGCUGUUCUCGUGUGUGACACUCCAAUUCAGCCAGUCCUCGAGCAAUAUGGCGACUACUAUGCUAUCUUCCAAGCUCUGAUGAAGCAAGGCUUCAAAGACUUGGAGUUAUCAGAGGAUAUUGAUGUGGAAUUCAGCGGUUACCAUGUGGUAAACAAUCCUGAGUUCCCUGAGCUGCAAGACUACGAUGCCUUGCUCAUGACCGGAAGCAAACAUGAUGCCUGGGCCAAGGAUGACUGGAUCGUCGAUCUCACGAGCUACGUGAAGAGUGUGUUUGAGGCGAACAAGCCCGUCGUUGGCAUCUGCUUCGGACACCAGAUUCUCGCACGAGCACUCGGGGCCAAAGUGGGAAGAAGUGAAAUCGGAUGGGAGAUCUCUGUGGAGGAGCUCAAUUUGACCGAUACCGGGAAAAGGUUGUUUGGAAAGGACACACUGAACGUUAUUACACCCAAGAUAAGCCACCAAGUCAAGGCCCAGUCCCGACAGAUCAAGAGUCGGAUCUACAACUGCCCGGGACCACCCAAGACCGCGGUACGACCUCCGCGCUAUAAAGCCCACCACACCCGUCACCCACCACCCACUCCCUUCCAUUCUCCAACUUCCAUCCUCACAAUGUCUAACCAAAUUCGUACCAUUUCUCCCUCCACACACGAGGUCAUCUUUGACCAACCUGGCACUUCACUCGAAGAAGCCAUCCAAGUCGCUGCAAAGUCAAAGAAAGCCUUUGAAACUUGGCGUACUUCUUCAUUGGAAGAUAGAAAGAGUAUCGUGAAGCGAGCAUUGGAUAUUGUCGCAAAGAACCGCGAUGAAUUAUCUAAAGACCUUACCACCCAAAUGGGCCGGCCCAUUAGAUACUGUGCAGCAGAGAUCAACACGAUGCGUCUCCGGGCUGAAUACUUGAUGGAAAUCGCUGAAGAGAGUCUCUCAGAUUUGCCUGGUCGGCCUGAAGCUGGUUUCCGGAGGGUGGUGAAGCGUGUCCCCGUUGGGCCGGUCUUGAUUGCAGGCACUUGGAAUUACCCUUUCUUGACUACAAUCAGCGCACUCGUGCCCGCUCUUUUGGCUGGUAACAGUGUCAUCUUCCGACCUUCGCCUCAGACCCCACUCUUUGGAAACCGAAUGUUGGAGAUCUUCACAGAGGCCGGACUUCCCCUUCACGUUCUCCAGGUCAUCCAUAUCGGAAAUCUAGAUGUUCUCGAUCAAGUGGUGCAAAUUCCUCAGAUCCAGUCUGUUUCUUUCACCGGCUCAACUGCAGGCGGUAUCAGAUUGAGAGAGGCAACCGCCCGCCAUAUCAAGCCUGUUAAUCUCGAGCUUGGUGGAAAUGACGCUGCCUAUGUUCGGGAAGAUGUCGAUGUUAAGAAUGUCGCGGAAAACCUUGUAGAUGGGGCUAUUUUCAACUCCGGACAGAGCUGCUGCUCCAUCGAGCGGGUGUAUGUGCACGAGAAGGUUUAUGAUGCCUUUGUUAGUGCGGUGCAGGACGAGCUGAAAUCUUAUAAACUCGGUGAUCCCCACGACCAGAGCACAACCACUGGCCCGGUCAUCUCAGCCCAAGCUGUGAAGAAUAUUAGUGCCCACGUCCAGGAUGCUUUAGACAAGGGAGCUGUCAACUCGACACCUGAGAACGUUAGCUUCCAGGUGGCCAGCAACCCCCAAACACAGAAAGGAAACUUUAUCGCUCCUAUCGUGCUGACUGGUGUUAACCACACGAUGGCUACGAUGAAAGAAGAAACCUUUGGUCCCGUUAUGCCUAUCAUGAAGGUAUCCAGUGACGAUGAAGCCGUGGCCCUCAUGAAUGAUAGUGACUACGGUUUGACCGCCAGUGUCUGGACGAAGGAUAUGGCUCGUGGAGAGGAGCUGAUUGAGCGUCUUGAGGCUGGUACGGUGUUCAUUAACCGCUGUGAUUAUCCGUCUCCGGACCUUGCUUGGACUGGUUGGAAGCAGUCGGGGUUGGGUUGCACCCUUGGUCCCCGGGGCUAUGAUGGUUUCACCAAGCUGAAAAGCUACCAUAUGAAGGAUGCCUCGGCUUGA